AUGUAUCGCAUUACAAACAUCUACAUCCUUGCCGCGUUAGGCACUAUCGGUGGUGCAUUGUUCGGCUUCGAUGUUAGUUCCAUGAGUGCCUGGAUUGGCACCGACCAAUAUUUAGACUAUUUCAAUCAUCCAGACAGCAACUUGCAAGGAGGUAUCACUGCUUCCAUGUCCGCUGGGUCUUUCGCCGGUGCACUCGCAGCAGGUUUCCUUUCAGAUCGCCUUGGCCGUCGCUACUCUCUCGUUAUCGCUUGUUGCAUUUGGAUUGUCGGAGCAGCUAUCCAAUGUUCAGCUCAAAACGUUGCACACCUAGUCGUUGGUCGGGUUAUCAGUGGGUUGGCUGUCGGUAUCACUUCCUCUCAAGUCUGUGUCUAUCUCGCUGAGCUGGCGCCUGCACGCAUCCGAGGCCGGAUUGUGGGUAUCCAGCAAUGGGCCAUUGAAUGGGGUAUCCUGAUCAUGUACCUGAUCUCAUACGGCUGCGGCCAGGGUAUUUCUGGUCCGGCUUCCUUCCGCGUGGCUUGGGGUAUCCAAGGGGUUCCUGCAUUGAUCCUUCUUGUCGCCCUGCCUUUCUUCCCCGAAUCGCCCCGUUGGUUGGCCAGCAAGGAACGGUGGGAAGAGGCUUUAGACACAUUGGCCGCGAUCCAUGGCAAAGGAAACCGCAGUGAUCCCGUUGUCCAGGCUGAGUAUGAGGAGGUGCAAGAGGCCGUGCGGGUUGCCCAGGAGGCUAAGGACGUGUCAUUCUUGGCCCUUUUCGGCCCGAAGAUCUGGAAGCGGACUGUUUGUGGUGUGAGUGCGCAGGUCUGGCAGCAAUUGCUCGGAGGCAACGUUGCUAUGUACUAUGUCGUCUAUGUCUUUGACAUGGCAGGAAUGACCGGCAACACCACACUGUACUCAUCAGCCAUCCAAUAUGUGAUCUUCCUGGUGACGACCGGUGUCAUUCUGCCAUACAUCGAUCGGAUUGGUCGACGACCUCUUUUGAUGACCGGUUCCAUCCUGUGUAUGGCCCUCCAUUUUGCAAUUGCGGGUAUCAUGGCCAGCUACGGUCACCACGUCGAUUCAGUGGAUGGCAACUCGAAUCUGAAGUGGUCGAUUACCGGUACCCCUGGCAAGGGUGUCAUCGCUUGUUCGUACAUCUUCGUUGGUAUCUAUGGUCUCACUUGGGCCCCUGCUGGAUGGAUUUACGCCUCAGAAGUGUUCCCCCUCAAAUACCGCGCCAAGGGCGUCGGAUUGUCGGCUGCGGGUAACUGGAUCUUCAACUUCGCGCUAGCCUACUUUGUGUCGCCGGCCUUCACGAACAUCCAGUGGAAGACGUAUAUCAUUUUCGGCGUCUUCUGCACGGUCAUGACCAUCCACAUCUUCUUCACCUUCCCGGAGACAGCUGGUCGUUCUUUGGAGGAUAUCGACUUAAUGUUCGAGGCCAACUUGCCGGCGUGGAAGACUUCGCGGCUGCCCGACCGAUUCGGCGACGAGAUUGAGCGUCAACGACAGAAGACCGGUGGGGCAGAGGCAGGGGAGAAAGGAGUGGAGACGGCGCAUGAUGAGAUGGUCUAAGCGGGGGAGAUGCCCUGAUGAGCU